CGGCCGGCGCUCCGCAUGGCGGCGGCCCCGGGCGACAAGCGGGGGAAGCCGCCGCGGGGCCCGGCGACGUUCCCACAGCCGGACGCGCCCGCCGGCGUCUCGGGCCCCGCCGCGCACGGCGGCCGCCGCCGCCCGGCCCCGCCGCGGCCCCGCCACGUCCGCACCAUCUUCGAGGCGCCGCCGCCGCCGCUCCCGCCGCACCGCUUCGGGCCGGCGGCGGCGGGAACGUGGUGCGACCUCUGCUGCCGCUUCGUCCUCUCGCAGGGCCUGCGCUGCGCGGAUUGCAAGUACACCUGCCAUGCUCACUGCCAAGAUAUGGUGCACCUGGGCUGCCGGCGGAAUGGAAAAUUAAUGGACUGCCUUGCUCCACAUGACACGUUAGAUCCAUCUUACAACAACGGUCAGGAUGUUCAGAAGGAGAGAGAACCUCAUGUUUAUCUCAGUAAAGAAGAAGUUAAAGAGAAGAUACAAAGCUAUAAUUCAUCUGUCACUGAUAAAUUAAAGAUGACCUUGAACGCAAAUGGGAUUUACACUGGCUUCAUCAAAGUUCAGAUGGAACUAUGCAGACCAAUCACUGUGCAGUCUUCCCAGAGCCAGGGGAGGUGUGUUCACAGCAAUAACGAAACUGCUUUUUACUUGCCAGAUGGCUACGUGAAUACCCUUCACAUCAGCAGCACCAAUACUGUUCGUGAAGUUAUUGAGGCCUUGCUCAAAAAGUUUUUCGUGGCUGACAACCCUGCAAAGUUUGCACUUUAUAAACGCUGUCAUAAGGAAGACCAAGUUUAUACAUGCAAGCUGUCAGACAGAGAACAUCCCCUCUACCUGCGUUUGGUGGCAGGCCCCAGAACAGAAAUGCUCAGUUUUGUCCUACGUGAGCAUGAAACUGGAGAAGUCAUGUGGGAAGCUUUUAGUAUUCCUGAACUGCAAAACUUCUUGCGUAUACUGGACAAAGAGGAAAAUGAGCAAUUGCAAAUAUUAAAGAAGCGUUACGCAGCUUACAGAGACAAACUUGAAGAAGCCCUUGGUGGGGUGUGGAAACCUGGCUAAAAGGAUGCGAAGGGACACUCAGGAAAAAUGCACGCUAUCAAAUGUCAAUAUAGCAUGCCAAACGUAACGUACAAAGAGCAGCAGAGAGUAGUUUUCUUUAUUCAGAAGACUGUUUUGUGAUGCCAGGGUACCUGAAUUUUGCUAUAGACUUAGUUCCAUAAGCCAGGUCACUUAGCAUCUUGCACCCACAAGUAAGGGAUUCUGCAUGUUUGUACAUCAGUUUGCAACCCUCUGUGUGCUUAGAGAGUUUUCCAGGUUAUCUUGGUGCAAGCUGUGAAACUGUAAUCAAUUUUCUAGGAUGUUAUGAAAUAAGAUAUUUUUUUUCUUCUUUGCUUUAAUGGUAGCUUUACAAGUAAGGAUGUGCAAAUUGAUGGGUUAAAAAAAUUAAUAAAACUGUCUGGACAAGAAUUAGAUGGAGCACUAUCUUCGAGAUGAAAUUGAUUUGCACUACCUUUCUGUUUUCAAAUGGUUACUGUAUUAUUUGUGAGAGAACUGUUAUAGAGGGAAGGCAUAUGAGAUCUUGUGGCUUGUUCUGUGAAAUUUCUGGAAGUGGUCUUUCUAGAGAAGGUAAAGGGAAAGUUGAAAAGAAAGUAAGAGUUGAGGGUGGGGAACUCAUAGCUGACAGAGAAGGACUGGUUUUAAAUGGAAAUAGUAUUUACACAGAGGAGAGUUAAAGUACUAAUUCUACAAGAUUAAAGUUUUAGGAUGUUGUAAUAUUGUGAGUAAGUUUUAUGGGGUUUUAACUGCAUAAAUCCACACUGGAAGAGAAAUAAAGAUAAUAGAAAUAAUGGGAAGGAAUGAGGGGCAAAAGCUGAAUAAGAAUGGAAUUGGAGCUGCACGUACAAGUCGUUAUUGGAGAAGCUGGUUCUGUAAAUGCAUAUGGGAGUUUGAAAAGUGCAGCAAAGCUAAAAAGCUGCUUACUUGAAUUCUGAAAAGUGGUCAGUAAGUGUCUCAGAUAACUCUGUGAGAAAUACGCAUCCAGCAAGUGUUUAGGCAUAAGCUGUAACUACAAAUGCAUUUGGUCUUUAUUUUAAGUCAGAUCUUUCCUCUGGCUCAGCAAUCCAUUUUUAGGCUGGAUAAUUUUGAAUUACCGUAUCUGAAAGACAAAAAUAGCUUCCUCUGUUUCUUUGUUUAUUAAAGGCUCAGUCAGGCAAAGAAAGUAGAACUUGUUAUUCGUGUUCCAUCUUAGCAGAAAAUUAACAUUUAUCGUCUGUGUUGGUGACUGAGCUUAGCAACUCUUGCUAAGAGUACAGCAAUACAGGUUUUUUUCCUUAUGGUCUUUAAAUUCUUAAUUGAAAAACUGAUUACCAAAUUUUGCAGACUGCUGAUUUACUUGAUUUAAAGUAGGAAAAAUGUAGCAAGAAAACUUUUUACUUUACUGUAAAUAUAAUUGUUCUUUCAGAGUUAUUUAUCUAAAAAAGUACGUUCAAAAGAAACCAAAGAAGUGGGUGUGCAAUAGAAGCAUGAGGCAGAUUUGAGUAACUGAUACGUUGGUCAUUAUCAUGCCAGAGAGGAAAUGAUAUACUGGGGGCGGGGGGAAGGGUGGAAAGAGGUGGAAGAGUGCUAACGAUUUAAGAGCAGCAGAAGGUGGGUUUUUUCCCUCCACUCUUAGGGUGUUUGUUUUAAAUGCCCAAGGAAUUGUUAAAACUUUGGUGACAUCUAAUGGAUACUGUGUGAAACUCCAAGAUGCUUCUGUUCUUCCCCUUAAUUUGAUGUAAUUGUGCCUUUGUUUCCUUUCCUUAGUAAGACUUUUUUAAAACUCUUCACAGUUUUUUUUGGUCAAAAGGAUUUGCAAGCUUAAUGAGACAAUCAUAAUUUUUUAAAGUGUUAAGAGAAAUUUAAGAGUAGGACUAACUAAAGUAUAUAUAAGGCAUAUCUUGUUUGGGUUUUAAUUUCACAUGUAACAUUGUAGUGCAUGUGUGAGUUAGUAACAUUAUCCUCAAGUGAGACACUUUAUAAAGGUUCAGGGAAUGCUUUUAUGUUUUGUUGCAAUUUAUUUUUCUAUGAAUGCAGCAGCAUGUCAGUGGGUAUUCUGUUAACAUCUACUUAAUUUAUGUAUCAGUCCAUAAAUAUGUAAUCAUUACAUAAUAGCUGUCAAUAUUGAACCAUUUGUUGCUCAGAUUUAAACACUGUUUGAGUUUAGAAGUGGAAUAUAAAAAUAUGUGAAUUUUGUUUUUACUUGAACUAAACUAUCAGUCUUUUAAGUAGGCGCAUCUGCAUUUACUUUCGCCAAAAACCUCAAUCAGUGUUGUAUGCACUAUGAGUCUUGAUUUGGGGUGACGGGGGUGGGGGACCAAAAUAAACUUAUAUUUUAAUUUUGUCUUA